GUGGGAACGUUCGAAGCAACGUGCCAUUUUGUUUCGCUUUGUGUAUUUUGCUCCGAAGUCGUCCGGCGACGUGUCAAUCCGUUCCCUCUCAACACACACCGCCAGUCGACCUCUGUGAUAUUUAUCAUUAGUAGUAAACGGCGAAUCGCAACACGAUCAGAAACGUCGCAGUAAAAGCGUACCGCCGGAAUCCGAACAACCGCGGAAGCAAGAGAGAAUGAAAAAUCGAACGCGAUCGUGCUAAACAAAAAUUGUUACGUUCCUCGACAACAUCGCUUUCAACCCAGAGAACUCAAAAACUCAACGGAAAUGGCGCCCGAACUCUGCGACCGUCGUUUCAAGUCAACGUCGAACAUCCUCAACGAGGCGGCGAGCCGCGAAGACGAGUCGCGGGAGGAUCUCUCCGCGAGGAACCGCUUCAGGACCUACACCUUCAAGGAUCUGCGACAGGAGAGGAAGUACUUCGCGGAGAACGUUGUCCAGGAGCGGAAGAAGUCGCGGAAUCUCAUCAGGAGGCUGAUCGGCUCCUUGGAGAGGAAGAACGAGGAGUGCAAAGCGGACGACGAGUUCUUCGCCCGGUACUACAGGAGGAACGAUUACUCGGAUCCGAACUUCGACCAUUCGCUCGGAACGCAGAAUUCUGACUUCGACGAUCUGGUUCAUGAAAAACCGAUAGUUUCUAGUAACAGAGGAAAUGGAUCGCCUGAUCGCUGUAAUGAUGUGCGACGAUUCGAGAGAGGAAGUGUGGAUCUCGUUGAUUCACGUGAUUUAAGUACUUCGGAAGGAAUACUGGAGAAUGAGAGUUUUGAACGGAGGAAGGACUCGAAGAAGAGGCUCGACCGGAAACGGUCCAUCAAGGACUUCUUGGGGUCCAUGAUCAAAUGGAGGAGGUCGAGCGCGAAGGAGACGCGUCAUCCUUUCGUUUCCUGCGAUCAUUUAGCGGACAAGAUCUCCGCGAAGAAGAAGGACAGGAAACUGCUGUCUAGGACCUCUUCGUUGAGCGCUGUCGACGGUUGCCAGAAAACUUUGCAGAGUGAAAAACCGAAGGCGACGAUACACCCUGUUUACGGUGGGAGGAGGAAUGAACAACUUUUAGAGGUCUUGACGAGGAAUAAGGAAAACUGGGAAGUCCCUGCUAUGGAAAGGAUUGUGGAGGAGCUUAGGAUGCCGACAGGAAUUAGAAGGCAUAGCGACAUGUUUUUCCCAACUAGGGGACCUAGAAAAGAAUAAGAAGAGAAUUGCUCGUUAGGGAUAAUUAUAAGUAACCAAGGGACAGUAUAGAAGAAUUGUUAUUAUUAGACUAUGUACUAUUUAUAUGUAUCAAGACGAUUGACUGAAACAAGAAGUUAAUGAGAAGCUAAUUGAGACUUUGAUU